CGGACCUGCCUCACCUGCACCGCGUCCUUCUGCGCAGAGCACCUGCGGCCGCACCAGGACAGCCCGGCCUUCCGCGACCACCAGCUCUGCCCGCCCCUGCGCGACCUGCAGCAGCGCAAGUGCCCGCAGCACAACAAGCUCUUCGAGUUCUUCUGCAGCCACCACGGCAUCUGCAUCUGCUCCCUCUGCCUCCUCGGGCACAAGCUGUGCCACACCAGCCCCCUGGAGCUGGCCAAAGCCAACGCCGAGGCGGCGCUGAAGAAGCGGCUCAUGGAGCUGCAUAAUCAGAAUGAAAAAGCUGCUCGGGCAAUGAACACCGUGAAAACAAACCAAGCCCAAGCUGUUGAGACAAUUUCCAGAAAGAAAGAUUUGAUCCUAAGUGAGUUUUCAGAAAUUAAAGUUUUACUUGAAGAAAGAGAAAUUCAGAUCUUGAAAGUAGUUGCAGAUGAAGAAAGAAGAGUUUCAAAUAAGUUUGAUUAUAUUUACGGCGUUCUGGGAAUUAAGAAGAAUGAAAUUCAGUCUCUCUUUGAUCAGAUUGAGAUGGCACUGACUGAAGCUGAUGACAUUCUGUUUUUGAAGAGAGCGACAGCACUACUGAAAACAUCAACAAAAGAUGCUUUUGUUCCUGUGGUUGAAAUAGACCAAAACUUGAUACAUUCCUCUUACCAGUCUGCCAUUAACCUUAAAGACACUUUGAAACUUUCAGUGACUCUCUCUAAGGAGAAAACAGUGGAAGAGCAUACCCACAGAGAGAAAACCCCUCAGCAGACUCAAGCCACUUCGCCGGUGGAGGCAGAUACCAAGGAGAAAAAGAAACCUGCUAAAGUUGCACCAGCCAUGGCAACACCAAUUGCUGCAGCUGCUGUUCCAGCUAAAGAGCUUCUUGACAACUUUCUGAAGAAAUCCAGACAGGAGCUUUUGCAGUAUGCUGCUAACAUCACGCUGGACUACAACACAGCUCACAACAAAGUGAUUAUGUCUGACAGAUACACCAAGAUGUCUGUCUCAGACAUCCCCCUGAAGUAUAACCAGCACCCUCAGCGCUUCACUGAUUGUUACCAAGUGCUGGGGUUCCAGUGCUUCAAGAGAGGAGUCCACUACUGGGAAGUGGAAAUGCAACAGAACAACUUCUGUGGCAUUGGCAUCUGCUACGGCAGCAUGGAGCGGCACGGGCCGGAGAGCCGCCUGGGCCGGAACAGCAGUUCUUGGUGUAUUGAGUGGUUUAACAGCAAAAUAUCAUCCUGGCAUAAUGAUGUUGAAAAGUGCUUACCCAAUACGAAGGCUACCAAGAUUGGUGUGCUGCUCCACUGUGAGGCAGGGUUUGUGAUUUUCAUGGCUGUGGGGGAGAAGCAUAACUUGAUCUAUAAAUACGAAACCGAGUUUACUGAAGCCCUGUACCCUGCCUUCUGGUUAUUUUCCAGUGGCACUGUUCUGAGUCUCUGCCAAAUGAAAGAGUAA